AUGUCACUGAUCAACCUCCCCAUACCGCUCAGAAACCUCCUUGCAAAAAAUACCCCUCCCAACAUCCUCCAAAAUCUCGACCGAAUCAAUCUCUCUGCACUCCUUCCUUAUCUCACCGCUGCUAUCCGCGUCGAUAACCCUACUCUCACCCCUUUCCUCUACGCCUGCAAACAUGGUUAUGCGGAUCUAGUCAAAUUAUUCAUGCUCCACGGCCUCUCCGCCUCUACCCCUAACGCAAAAGAGCAAAACAAAACUGCUCUUCACUACGCAUCUGAACAAGGCCACGACCGUACAGUCAGUAUUCUCCUCAAUCGCGGGAUCUUCGCCGACGCUGUCACUACCCAUGGAUGGAGCCCACUCCAUUAUGCGGCCCAGGGAGGGCAUGUUAACAUUGUUAAAAUGUUGGUGGAGCAGGGUGGAGCAGAUAUGGACAAGAAGACUCGGUUUAUUGCGUUGACGCCGCUACACAUUGCAAUCGCGGAAGGGAAAUUUGAGGUUGUUCCAGUGCUGGUUCAGAUGGGCGCCGAUAUAAAUGCGCGUGAUGUCAAUCGAGCGACAGCGUUGCAUUUUGUUGCUUUGAGCCAAGAAGCGAGGAUGAAGGCCUUUGAUGGCACUCCCGGGCUUACAAAAAACGUCAAGGUUUCGUUGGCGCAGAGGCUGGUUGUUUUCAAGUUUCUGGUACAGGCGGGCGCGGAUAUGGAAUUAGGGGACAACUAUGGAAAAGUUGUUAAGCAGUACAUAUCGGCGGGGGAAAUUAAGGUGUUUGAGGAGAAGAUUGCAGCAUUCAAAACGGGCUAUACGCUUACGGAGGGAAAGAAGAGGGAGAAUGAAAGGAAGCUGAGGGCAGUCAGGAUUCAGCAGGAGGACAUUCGUGUGCAACAGGAGGAGAUCCUGAGAAAGUUUCUCGAAGGCUUGAAAUGGACUGUUGAAGUUCAGAAAAAUUCUCAAGAUGAAGGUUACGAGGAUGAGGAGCACGAGGAUGAGGAGCGCUCGGGUGGGGAACACUCAGAUGACAGUGAAGAAGGGUCUGGGACAGACUCCGAAGACGAGGAAAGAUCGAAAAAUUCGGAACACCUCGACGAUCGCGACUAUGAAGAAGAAGAGGAAUGCUUCCGGCAGUUACACCAAGAAUCAAGGGCUCAGCUGGAACAUCGUGCAGAGGCCGCAAAGGGCGGCCCGAGCUUCCUCAAACGCAGUUUCACCUACCCCUUGUCCCUGGUCUGGGUUUCGACUCUCCUCUUGAUGGUCGCUAUUUACCUCAAGAUGGUGUGGCCGGACAAUGAGAGGUCGUUCUACUACUAA